AUGGUAUAAUCCGUGGGAUUACACUACUUUUCCCAAAUUGCAUAAGUUACCAAGGACAAUUUUUUCCAAUUACCAGAUUUUUUUAACAUAAGUCAUAACUAUAAAUCUGUAACGUCAUCAUAGACUGGAGCUGCAAACCUAAACGGUUUUUGGUUUAGCGGAGCGAAGGCACGGCGCCGAGCGGGUACCCUACACCCGGGUACCUGCCGCCAAAUACUAUAAAUAGUAUUUGCUGCCGCGCUGUCUGUAUCAGUAAAAAAAUCCGCCCACUGAUAAGAAACUUGUCAUUUAUGCAAUUUGGGAAUAGUGGUAGCAACCCGAUUUGAUGAUAUCAAAAACUUUUAAUAAUAAAUUUGUUUUUCAUUUUCUCAUUUUUAAUCUUACAAUUUGUAAUUUUGAUUAGGAUUACUAAACGAUAUACGUUACCAAUAAGUUGCUGAAUUUUUAUAUUUGACGUGUAUAACGGUAUUAACUAUACAUAAAGCAGUAUAAACACUUACUAUUUAUUAUUAUAUUAAAGAAAUAGAUGUAUACAAAUUUUUAAGACCACAGUUUCAUCAACAAUGGGUAAAAAACAAGUGGCUCAAAGAGUGAAGAAUAACUAUAAACCAUCAAGCAGCGCUAGAGCCCAGUUGUUAUUGAAUACAAGUGACUCAUAUUCAGUAGUUCCGGAUAAGCUCAAGUUAUUUGCAGAUAUACUUGAUUGUAAUGUCAGUCCAGAUUUCCAAGUGGUUUUAAAAAAAAUGAAUAAAAAAGAUUCCACUACUAAACUUAAAGCCUUGAAAGAGUUUGCUUCUCUAUGCGAUACUAAAGACGAAGAUACAGUUAAAGAAGUAUCAGCUCUUUGGAUCAGUCAGUAUGUAAAUUUGUGUAAGGAUAAUGAGCCAAGAAUAAGAGAAGGUGCUCAAAAAUCUUUAAGAUCCUAUUUGAACCGUGUUCAUCGUAAUGUAGCUCCAUUUCUUAAAAGAUUUUUUGCGUACUGGUUUGUGGCCCAAUUCGACACUCACCCUCCAACUGCAUCUGUUGCAACAUCUACAUUCGAGAACACUUUUCCUCCUAAGAAGAGAACAGAAGUUGUUGUUUUUUGCCAAAAAGAAAUUUAUGAUUAUUUAAUUGACAAUAUAACUAACCCAGUUUUAUUAAAUACUAAGGGUGACUCUGAUGAAAUAAAAGAAAUGCAAAUUAGAACGGCAACCAGCUGUUUGUAUGCAACUGCAAUGUUUUUAGAUAUUCUUCCUAAAGAACAUGUUACUAAUAUUGAGAGUGAAUUAAAAUUAUCGUUACUUAAUAAUUCCACUUAUUGGAAACUGAACAAACAUCCUACUCCAAGUGUUCGUCAGGCUUGGUAUACCUUAAUGCAUUCUGUACUUGAUAAACUGCAACAUUUUUUUCAAGACGAAUGUAAAAAAGUGGCUUUUGCUGUUUUUGAUAAUGUUGAUGAGGAUAAUGUUACAGUUUCAUUGACAAUUUGGAAAAAUAUUCUUCUUAUUUUUUCAAGACCUGAAUUAAAUGCAUUUUGGAUUAAUACAAACGCUGAAAAAAUUUUCCUUCCAAAGCUAUGGAAAGUAUUAUCAUGCUCUAAAGGAUGUGUAUCAUCAGCUUAUGCGAAUAUUUUAGAUUUAUGCAAAAAUGAUCCAAUUAUAACAUCCAUGACUAUGUCAGAGUUUCACUUAAAAUGUGUAACAUCGAUUGUACAAGGGUUGGAAAAAAUGUCUACACGGUUUGAUCGAACUAAUUUUAUAACUGGUGUUGAAACUCUUUUUGAUUAUAUUAUAUAUUGUUUAAAAAAUAAUCAUCAAGAUGAAUCAUUUUGUAAAUGUAUGAUUUUUGAGGUUAUUAAUAUAGUUAAAUUUAGUCUGGCUGGAAAGUUGGCAAAAAACAUGACGCCUCCUGUUAUAUCUCACUUGACAAUACUACUCGAAGUUUUGACAAAUGAUAGUACAUUACACAAUUUAAAACUUAUCAUAUGGAGUAAUCUUAACACCAUUUUGAUUGAUGGAGUGAAUAAAGAAAUUAUCACUGAGAAUAUACAAAAUCAAUUGCAUGUACAUUUAAUCAUGUUAAAUCAUUUAAAAAGUCCAGAAAUUAAAAAGAAGAAAAAUCUAAGGGUGACUUUUGAAGAACAAAAGGGAGAUGUAUUUCAACCAGCAAAACCUUUGUUUAAUGAGAGUUAUAAAAAUGAUUUAGCAGAUUUUGUACAUGAACUUUUGCAGUUUUAUUUAGAUAAAUCAUCAUGUCCCGAAGUUGGCUACUUGCAUGCAAACCACGUGUGCCAGGUGAUAUCGGCGUUCAAAAAUUAUGGUAUCGAAAAAAAACUGUCAAAAACAUUGGUAGUUUCAAACGAUAAAGUGUCACCUUCAUAUAAAUUAUACGAAUCUUAUGUAAAAACCUGGUUAAAAGAUGACAAAAUAUUAACAUAUAAUUUGAUAUCGUUGAUUAUCGGAUUAUUGGAAAGUAUUGAUGAUUCUUCAGAACAAAUUAUUAUAACUGAAGACUUGAAUUCGUUUGGAUUAAGUGUUGUGCUUAAAGAAAUAAUGAGGUACAUUAAUGAAGGGUAUACUGUUCCUGAAGUUAUUUGUAAUUGGUUAGAAACUGCACCAUUGCAAGACGAGUUUAAAAAAUUCAUUAUUGAUCAAGAAGUAGAUGAUAGUAAAUUAAAUUUACUAGUAAACUGUUUAAAACUUAAAGAAAAUACAGUAUGCGAGAGAUGGACCAAUAUACUUUUAGACAUGGUUUGUAAAAAUCCUAGUCCAUCAAUAGUCAUCAUGCUAAGACAAAUAUUUGAGAAGAAUUUAAAUGAUAAAAAAUUUUUAAAUUCUCAUUUGAAACUUAUUUUUGACUCAUUAGAGUGUCUAAUCCGUACUUACUUGAAAAGAUCAUUGGACGGAGAAUCUAGAGAUCAACACGAACUCAACCAAACAUGGAAAAUUAUAUUAAAUAAUAUGUUAGAUAAUUACAGUAUGGAAAUAGUGAACAGAUGUUGCUCCGUUGUAAUAGAUUACGUUAUAACUACUGAAAACCACAUAGAACAUGUAGAAAGUACAGUAGAUCAGUUUGUUGACGACCUGUUGGCCUGCACUAAAUGUGAAAAUAUUCCUUCGUUGGUGUUCUAUGAAUUGUUUAAACAAAACAAAGACUAUGAAAAAAUAGUUAAAUGUUGUGAAUUGGCUUCAUAUUUUGAUGGAUCAUUAUUGUACUCUGGAAGUAGUAACGUAACUGUUGAUUACACAACUGAAUGUUUUGACACAGUGUAUGCUUUGUACUCGCAUACUUACAUCUUUUCAAAGUUGAUAAUGAAAUUUUUCAACAUAACUGAACGCUUAUCAAAUCAAAUGGAAGAUGUGAAUCAAGAAUUUAUUGACAUUAUGGUUAAUGUAGUUUGUAAUGUCAACAUAAUAGUGGAUGUUCUAAAAUAUUUUUCAAAUAGGAAAUAUUGCUGCCAACUGAUUAGUAGCAUUGUUGAUGAUACUAAAACAUGUGUUGCUGAACUUUUACAAUCGCAGACCAAAAACGUUGCUACAAAUAUUGUGAAAAAUAUCAUAGAAAAAACUAUUAAAGAUAGUGCAUACUGGAGUAAAUCAUUAGAAUCAAUUUUAGAUAUACUUUCAUUGCCUAGUGAAGAAUUGAUAAAUUUGUAUAAAACUUCAUUGUCACAGUAUAGCGAUAGUCCAAAUAUGAUACACGUCAUACAGAUAUUUGUUUAUUUGUGUGGUAUGGGCAACUUGGAAUAUGAUCAUCUGACACUGCCUAAUACACGUUGUAUUUGGAAUGGGCAUUUUAAAAGAGCAGAUAUUAAUGAAACAUUAAUAUCUCAAUUUGAAAGAGUGUUGGAAUCUGAAGAGAAGUUGUUGACAAAUGAUGUUGAAUGCUUAACAGAAAAUAAAAAAAUUGUUGAAGCGGUGCGAAAUGCUGAAUGCUUGAAUAUUAUCUACACACGGGCAAAUUCAUCAAUACAGUUAAAAUACAGUAAACUGAUAUUUAAUCGUUUGAAUUCUUGGCUUCUGACUUUGACGACAGUAGAUUUUGAUAAUGUUACAUUCUUACCAGUUGGAAUACUGACUAUUAAUGUUGGUUCAUUGUUUGCAAAUACUAUGAAAUUCUACAAUCAAGAGUUCUAUAAAAAUAUUGACCCAUCCUGUGAAACUAUGAAAAAAUUUAAAACGGAUACUAAAAUUUUACACAAAUACAUGGCUAACAUUUGGACAAAACUAUCAAGACGAUAUAAGGAUGAUAUCACACAGCAAUUGGUGUUGGAGUCGUUCAGCAAUUUAAUAGAACACGUAGAAUUGGAGAAUACUGAUGAAAAAUGUAUGUUUAGUUUGUGUUGCGAAUUAAUAUGUUCAGACUGUUAUGCUAUAGAAAUUACGGCUUAUACUAUUUUACAAAAAUUAUGUGAAUGUCAUAAAGUGAGUGUCGAAACAGAUGAAGAAUCUGAUGAAGUACCGUUUGAACUGAGUGUACUACCAUUGCAACGACUUCAAAACCUUGUCACACUUGAAUUAGCAGAUAUUAAAAUUGGAAACACGUAUGAACCCAUCCCCUUUACAGAAAAUUUCAAAAACACUAGAGUAUACUUACUGUUGUGGAAUGUAAUAUUUAAGCUAUGUUCAAAACUCGAAUCUCAAGAAAGAUAUAAAUACAUUUCUCAUUUAAACGAUGAAAACUCUAUUUCUUGCUUGACCGAGAACCUGCUGAAGUUAAUGCCUCAUUCUAUUAUUAAGACUUAUGCUAGUAAUGAUGUCAAUCCGAUUAUCAAAGGAUUAUUCAACUUGGAACCUUCGUGUUCAUCAAAUGACUACUGGGAUAACAAGAAACUUUGGCACUUAGUAUGUUGGACUUACUAUAACUUAUUACACACAUUACCUGCAGUUGUACGUAAAUGGUGGGUCGACAGCGAGCACAAAGUGUCUACUUUGGUUGAUAAGCUCACAACUAAAUAUGUGUCACAGAGUUUGAUUGUUCAAGAGUUCCAAGAUAUAAAACAAGCAAAAAAAAUUGAUAACAUUGUGGUAACCUUGUAUGAGAAUAGAGGUAUUCUUGUAGUGUCCUAUAUUAUUGAAGAAACCGCAGUGGACAUAACAAUACAAAUGGCUAGUAAUCACCCAUUGGGUUUAAUCAGAGUAAGCAGCGACAGAAGCAUGAUAAACAUGUCUCAAUGGAAACUAUGGCUAAAACAAUUGGCAUUGUUUUUUUCUCAUCAAAAUGGUUCAAUAAUUGAUGGUAUAUCAUUGUGGCAGCUAAAUAUUUCACAGAAAUUCGAUGGUGUUGAGGAAUGUUACAUAUGCUAUUCCAUACUACAUAAUUCUAACUAUCAGUUGCCUAAAUCAGCCUGCCGCACAUGUCACAAAAAGUUCCAUAGUUCAUGUUUAUAUAAAUGGUUUGUAACAAGCAACAAAUCCACUUGUCCUAUUUGCCGGAAUCUUUUUUAAAUUUAAUAUAUUAUUUAUUAUACACAAGAAAAUAUUUGUUAAUUGUUUUUGAUAACUGUUUUUCAUAAAUAAUAAAUGAUAAUAAAAACA